AUGUCUGGUGGUAGCCCUGCCCUUGAACUAAAAGAGGAUGAUAUAAAGUUAAUGGUUGCGGCAAAAGUUCAUCUUGGUAGUACCAACGUUAACUACCAAAUGCAGCAGUAUGUGUAUGACCGUAACAGCGAGGGUAAUCAUAUUAUUCGGCUGAACAAAACCUGGGAAAAGUUAUUACUUGCUGCCCGUGCCAUCUGUGCCAUUGAAAACCCAGCAGACGUAAUCAUCAUCGGUGGACAGCCUACCUGCCAACGAGGAGCUCUUAAAUUUGCCCACUACACUGACACGACUUCUGUUGCUGGUCGCUUUACGCCAGGUGCUUUCACAAACCAGAUCCAAUCUGGAUUUAAAGAGCCACGUCUUCUCAUUGUUUGCGAUCCGAAAGCUGACCACCAGCCUCUUAGAGAAGCUAGUGCCGUCAAUAUCCCUGUGAUUGCUUUCUGCAACACCGAUUCGCCCCUCCAAUGCGUCGAUAUUGCCAUUCCUUGCAAUAAUGAUAAAUAUUCAAUCGCUUUAAUGCUUUGGAUGCUGGCUCGCGAAGUGCGUCGUAUGCGAGGUCAGGAUAUUCGCAACGAACCGUGGGAUGUGAUGAUGGACCUCUUCCUUAUGCGGGAGCACACUGAAGAAAACCCUGAAGGAGCGGAAGGCGAAGCGCAAGAAGUUCCUUUUGAGCAGGGUACUGUUGAUGCAGCUGAAGCCGAAGCUUCUGAAUGGGCGACUGACGCCACUUUGCCUGUCGCUGGAAUGCCAGAUCUCGGAGUUGCCGCAACUGGCGGCACUUGGACGGCCUAUGAUGUGAAAACUGAUGCUACCUGGGCCUAA